AAAUUUAAAUUCAUAUUUUCAAAUCUAACUCAAGAAACCUAGAUUCAAUAUAUUCAAAAUAAUAAUAAUAAUAAUAAUAAUGAAAUUCAACGUCUUACAAAGACGAAUCGUUUCCAUUUUACUCUGCGUCUUUGCACCAGGCGAAGAAGGUGAGGGCUUGGGGGUCAGAGAAGAUCGUCUUAGCCUUGUUGAUGUUGACAAUGGUGGUUUCGAAAGCGUUGUGAGACUCAGGGAGGUUAAAGAUGGAAGAGGUGUAGUUGGAAGCGCUGGUAGCAGACAUCCUUGGACCGUUGCCGGAGCGAAUAAAGGAAGGGAGUUUAAGGGAGGGGAAGGUGACGGAGAAGGAGAGGUUGAGGGCAAGGAGGGGUCUGGGGGUUGCGGAGACAGGUUGGAGACAGGUUGGAGACCUGGAGAAUGAUAUUAAUUUUCACUUGUGAUGGUAGUUCUCGAGAACGAUGAGAGAGAAAGAAACGGGUGAAGGGAAGAAGAAAAGUAUACUUUAGUCUUUUGGGUUUUUUGGGUCAUUAGUCUUUUAGCUUUUAACUUUUAAAUUGAUUUUUCUGUUAAAUCCAAAUCAACAUUACUUUUGUCC